CUAAAGUCACGUGCUCGUUCUUUUCCUUGAAGGCGGUGUCUAGUAGCUGCCGGUGAGAAGGGUUGUUGUUGUUUCUUGUGGGAAAGUACUUAAAAAGUACAAACAAUCGCCUUCUAAAAUGGGAACCCGAGAUGAUGAAUACGACUACUUGUUCAAAGUCGUACUAAUCGGAGACUCUGGAGUGGGGAAGAGUAACCUGCUGUCCCGUUUCACAAGAAAUGAGUUCAACCUGGAGAGCAAGAGCACCAUUGGGGUGGAGUUCGCCACCCGCAGCAUCCAGGUGGACGGCAAGACGAUAAAGGCUCAAAUUUGGGACACAGCUGGACAGGAACGCUACAGAGCAAUCACCUCAGCGUAUUACAGGGGUGCCGUUGGGGCUCUCCUAGUUUACGACAUCGCCAAGCACCUGACAUAUGAGAACGUUGAACGCUGGCUGAAGGAGCUGAGGGACCACGCUGACAACAACAUCGUCAUCAUGCUGGUUGGAAACAAGAGCGACCUCCGCCACCUCAGGGCAGUGCCCACUGAUGAGGCUCGAGCCUUUGCAGAAAAGAACACUCUCUCAUUUAUUGAAACCUCCGCCUUGGACUCCACUAAUGUAGAAGAAGCCUUUAAGAACAUUCUCUCAGAAAUCUACCGUAUUGUAUCUCAGAAGCAAUUGGACAGAUCUGCAAAUGAUGAGUCUCCAGGCAACAAUGUAGUGGACAUAAGCCUCCCCCCAACCACGGAUGGGCAGAGGGGCAGCAAACUCCCUUGCUGCCAAAGCCUGUGACGCUCUUAUUUUCUUUUCCUGUUUGACUUUCUGUCAGUCUUUCCUCUCUUUCAUCUCUGGUUUACUUCAGCUGUCAUCGUGAUAUCCUCAUGGGUUCAGACGUCUCUGACACCAAGACUCUUGUUUUUGACAUUCCUUUUUGCUGGUUUCUGCUUUGUUUCUUCUUGGUUCAUUUGUCUUCCUCUGAUCUCAGAAGAGCCCGUGUCUAAACAGAAACAAAACAUAACGGCCUCAUCAUACCCUAGAGAGGGAGGAAGUGUUUUAAGUGCUGUUAUGAAGUUGUUAUUAAAGCUGUGGUAAACUACAAUUUCUUUUACAUUAACUAGCCUUCAUGGUCCUAUUGACCCGCUCCUGUUGAAGGAAUGGUGAGGGAUCAGUGGGCUUGUGCAUCAGUGCUUCAAGCAGUCUCUACUUGCCUGUUUUUCUCAGCUUGUAAUGAAACAGACUUGUUACAGUGGAAUCCCAAUUUCAUGUCUGGUUGACCUGAUUCUGCCUAUCAUGCAAUACGGGUGUAGAAGAGGAGAUGAGAAGAAGGUACCAUUGGAGUAUUGAUGCAUACUCUGUCUGGAGUUUCUAUUUGUCUCUCUAAUAUUAAUUUUCCUCUUUGAGCCCUGUGCCUACUGUGGCAUGAAAUUAGCAUGAGCCAGGGACCAGAAUGGCUGUGACUGUCUGACUUAAUGUGGGCAAGUGUGAAACAAAUGAAGUGUUUUUAUGUGUGUGUGUGUGUGUGUGUGUGUGUGUGUGUGUGUGUGUGUGUGUGUGUGUGUUAAUCUCUGUGAACAAAGAUACCAAAGGAGGCUGAUGCAAUCAAGAUCAGUUUUAGGUUUUCUCAUUCAAGUGUGUUCAAGGCUGCUAAGAUUGCAUUUCAUUGCUGUAUUUGGCAAACCAAUCUGGGCUAUUUGAAAAAAGUGUACUGCUUUAUAGCAAAAGUAAUGUUAUAAAUUGUGUGUGUGAUUUGUCAUUGUGAAAUAAUGGUAUAAGCGUGAUCAAGCCUCCUGUUCCUUUCCUGAGUUUGCUCAGGUCAAACUCUCUUUCAGCAGGCUGUCUCUUUUUUUGCACUUAUGUCCAAUAAUUUCAGUGGAACAAAUCACAUAUUUUUGUAUACACUCAACAUCUUUAUAAAGUAACAUUUCCUGUUGGUUGUAAAGGAAAAAAAUCACUGUGGCGAUUUUUUUUCUUCUUCUCUUGAACAACAUUUUUCUCUCAUGUACUCAGUCAACGUUGCUGUCAUUUGAAUGUGAUAUCUGUUAAAGGGAAAUGGAUAAAGAUUUGAGUAAUAUGAAAUGCUCUCAAGUUAACACUUUCACUCCAGCCACAUUAACGGUUGACAGCUGGGAAAGUGGAACUGAAAGUCAGUAAUGCAAAUAGUUUUUAUGGUUGGCUGAAAUUUAUCUUUUCCAUUUAUCUGGUAAAGAUGCUUUCACAUGUGAUUGAAUCGAUACAUUAUGUCACGUUAUUUCACAUUUCUUCAAAUAUAUGUAAAGGCAGCAAAUUAGUUUUGCUACUUUCGCAUUACACAGAAAAUACUGAAGCAUAAAUAAACCUAGUCCACAUGUCCAUAUAGCAGACAGACUUAUUUUUGGAUGAAUUAUUCACUCAGUGUACCCUUAACUUAAUGUGUUAAGCAGUCAACUGAUGGGUGGGCCUAGUGUCAGUGGAAAUGUUUGUGCAUGCAGGCUCUAGGCUGCCUUUUUAAAUAUACACAUAUGAUGAUCACAUAGGUUUCUUGCACCAGAUGAACACAUGUAGCUUUACAGCAUCUAAUCAAUGCCUUGUGCACUCAGGGCAGGCCCCUUGAAAUAUUAGAUAUCCAUCCUUCUAUUCUUAUUCAAACAAAUAUUGUCAAUGUGAGUGAAUUUUAGCAAUACCUAAUAUUUAAAAAACUCUGUUUCUUAUGUAAAACUUACUUAUGUAAAAAACAAAAUGUACAUUGCUUCUUCAGUCUAACAUGGUCUGCGUUUCUGCUAAGGGUUAAUUAAGCAGCUCUCUGGCUAGAAUUAAUCACUUUGCAGUUGUAAGACCUGCCAUUUCCAGGACUAAAAUAAAAUCAGUUGAAAUUG